ACAAUCGAUGAACACAUCCGUCAUCCGCCGCCAUUUGCCAAAGGAAGGUUGAUCGCUGCCCUGAGGUGCAGCGCAAGUGUCGUUGGUUUGACUAUGUCGAGUGCAUAAUUUGUUUUUUUUUCGAUUAAACUGUGAACUGAGUGCGCAAAAAAUCAGUUAAAAUGAUUGUGAGGUUUUUGAGCCUUCUGUGGGUCGGAGUUUUCCUGGCUUCGGCACACAACGGUGGAGGAAACAACGACAAUGAAGACAUUCCAUACCUUGAGCUGGCGGAGCCGGACGAGGGGUACCACGGGCUGAUACGAGAAAAUGAGACACUGGUGGAGGUGACACCGGCUAUACGUGCUCGGGGCCCGCUCUGCUCCUUCCUCAUAUUGAACAAUAAGCACCAUGGGGAGGCACCCUUUGAGAUUAUGGUGGUAGAUGAGAACGAGGCGAAGCUGCGGGUUCGAUACCCGCUGAACUGCGAGAAGAGACGAAAUUACAAGUUUGACAUUGCCGCUGUCGGCUGCGAUGGGUCGUAUUCCAACACCGUACCAGUCCACAUAACAGUAACUGACGUGAACGAGUUCGCGCCAGUGUUCAGCCAAGCCGCAUACGUCAGAUCCGUUGAUGAGGGAAAGAUCUACGACGAGAUACUGCGCGUGGAAGCGACCGACCGCGACUGUACCCCGCGGUACGGCGACGUCUGCAAAUACGAGAUCGUCACUGAUAGAAGCCAACCGUUCACUAUCGAUAAUGAAGGUGUUAUCCGCAAUACAGAACCCCUUGAUUACGAGAAGUCACACAAUCAUAUUCUAUCUGUGGUCGCAUACGAUUGUGGUAUGAUGGAAUCUGCGCCUGUUAUGGUGACCAUCAAAGUGAACAAGCCCUGCAGAGCUGGAUGGAAAGGCAUCGCCGAACGCGUAGACUACGCUCCGGGUACGGGCCCACUUGCCCUCUUCCCGGCGGCACGUCUCGAAGCGUGCUCGAGCGACGAGCGCUGUCCCGGCGUGACACGCAUCCAGGCGGCGGUUACUCUGCAGGCGUCACGCGCGGGUGUUGCCUGCGAUCGGGACACGUACACGCUGAGCGCACAGAAGACUAUUUGUGGCCUCGAACCGAAAACCGUCGAUUUGUUACCGAGCCCAGGUGUCGGCAAUGAGUGGACCAAGUCCUUGAAACCUGAUUCAGGGCGUGAUGGCGAACAGAUGUUCGAAUUUGAUGGUGAGUCCACUUCGGCUGUGGUGCCGGAGAGCCUGUUGGCGCACUCGCUGGGCAGCACGUUCGCGGUCAGCGUGUGGCUGCGGCACGCGCCGCCGCCCGACCACGACAAGCACCGCAAGGAGCACGUCGUCUGCCUCGCCGAUGAUCACAAGAUGAACAGACACCACUACGCCCUGUUCGUGCGCAACUGCCGAUUGAUCCUGCUGCUGCGAAGAGAUUUCGGUGAGGGCGACCUGAACAUCUUCAGGCCCGCUGAAUGGCGCUGGAAGUUGCCUGAGGUUUGUGACGACGAGUGGCACCACUACGCGGUGAACGUGCGCUUCCCGAACGUGGAGCUGUACGUGGACGGCGAGCCGUACCGCGCCGCCGACGGCAAGGCGCCCGAGGUGAUCGACGACUGGCCGCUGCACCCGGCGCACGGCGUCAACACCACCAUGGUGGUGGGGGCCUGCUGGCAGGGUACGGAGAGCGACAUGAAGCACCACAUGCACGGCUGGAUGGCCGGGCUGGGCGUGCUGGCGGGCGCCGUGCAGCCCGCCGCCGCGCUGCGCUGCGCCGCGCGCUGCCGCGAGGGGCUCUCGCUCGCGCCGGACCUAUACCUGAAAUCGGUGUCAGUAGAAGGUGACGGUGCGGCGGAAGUGGAGACGCUCGUGCGACGCGUCGCGUACGGCGACGCCAGGUCCUUCCCCACGCCGGGACGUAGGAACGUGCACCUAGACACCACCAUCACUUGUGACAAUGGCCGCGUGAUCAAGGCCCGACCGGCUGAAUCCUACGUGAUGGUGCUCUCACCUCAAACACCAACGAUCCUGCUGAACGGCAGCGCGGAUGCUGCGAGAGAUUACGCCCACUUCCGAGCUGGUCUUCCGGUCUUCCCAGACCUCGAGGUGAAGGUCCUGGCGAGGGAUAGAGAUUCUGUUAUUGAAGCAGAUAGCCAGAAGCUAGACUCCUGCGUAGUAUCCGUGUAUCCAGCUCUCAACCCGGACCACGAAGCGCUAGCUCUACGCGGCCACUCGGUUCUGCCUGACUCCGACAUACGAGCUACCCUCACUAGAGAUGGAGUUAACUUGAUUGGAGCUGAUACGGUCCAUAAUUAUCAGAAGGUCCUCCGCGACAUCGAAUACAGCAACAAGAAGCCGGCCUACUAUUUGAAUCGCGUGUUUAAGCUCACCUGCUCCGAGCUCAACGGCCGUUUCACCAGCAAUGAAUACGUGCAAACGCUAACCGUGGUCCACCCGCGCGCGGCGGCUGAUGCGCACGCGCAGCGUCCGAGCGGACUCGCUGACAAACUGGAUGCUGUGGCCAGGGACAAGACGCCCGAGGCGGCGGUGCUGGCGCAGGUGCCGCGCGCGUUCGCCGCGCACGCGCUGCACUCGCCGCACGCCGCCGACGCGCCCGCGCCGCGCCUGCUCGACCUGCACCGCGCUGACAACAGCAACGUGACGCUAGUGAUCGGCGCGGUGUGCGUGGGCGCGGUGGCGCUGCUGGCGCUGGGCGGGGCGGCGCGCGCCCGCGCCCGCGCCCGCGCCGCCCGCGCCCCGCGCCGCGCCGCCGACGAGAUGGCGUGGGACGACUCCGCGCUCACCAUCACCGUCAACCCCAUGGAGGAUAGUGUGACGGAAUGCGCAGUGGCGGGCGCCGGCGCUCUGGCGGCGACGGUCGACAGUUCGGACGGCGAGAGCUGCUCCGACAGCGAUUCCGAACAGCAUGACUCCUCCGAUGAGGAUGAAGAGGUGAUGCAAGGCAAACAGCACAAAUACAGGAACAUCAGCCAACUGGAGUGGGACAAUAGCACGAUGUAAACGUCCCGUCUCGCUCGCACACAGUACUUACUCUAUCGCCGUCUCCCUCUCGCCCGCGCAAUAUAUACCUUCUCGGUUGUGACGAUUCAGUAUUAAAGAAACACAGUCGACGUUUCUGAUUGGUGAAAAAGGGAUUUGGGUUCGAUUCCCGAAUUCCGAUUAAAGCAAGAAGAUAGGUUUUCUUUAUGGAAAUGAGUAUGUAAAUGAAAGAGAUGCAUAAUUUACUGCGAGUAUGUUUUUAAUUUAAGUUUUUGAAGAGAUAUUUGUUGUUUGCGUAAGACAUCAAAUGUUUUUAAAACAAUUUAUUUAAAAACGUCGUAUGAAUGUUAAUUUAAUAUUGAAACGCCACAAUUACGAUUCAAAUCGCACAGUUUUAAGGAAUUGAUUUUGUAAUACAUUUUUUAAAACAAAUGAAUUUUUAUUCGAGUCCCGUUCAGUCUACAACCGGGUCUCACGACCAUAGAGCGUAGAAUGAAUAGACAGGACUCGAGUUAAAAUCAAUUUUAUAGCAAUAAAGCACAAAUGCGCGCGGCUACUUGGUAGUGUACAGUAGCUGUCAAAGUGUACGGGUAUAGAAAAAUGUAUGUUAAUUUGUUGGUUAGAAAAUGGCAAUGACACAUUGGCGGCCACUCUACACGCGUAACAUUUCUUUAGUAUUCUUAAACGUUAAGUCUUAAAAUGAUCAUAUCAAAUUUAUACGUAAAACAAUAAUUUCCCCGCUUGCUUCUAGAAUGGGCGUGUCGCUCUUCUGAAUUGAAAUAGACGUCGCUUUUCUAUGUUUUUUCUAUGAAUAAACUGUAUCUAUGUAACGAUAGUAGACGUUUCGUACCGAGUCGGUUGUAAGUGAACGUUAUUAUAAGAUAAUAUGUAUAUUACUUACACGUAAGAGGCGCUUCGCCGGUUCCGCAGCUAACACGUAACGUUUCUAUCCUUUGCCGACUGACCUGACGCGACCUGUCAGUUAUUCUGUGACGUCAUGUGCCCGCAUUUAUUUAGUACAAGGCGAAUGCGUUCGCAUUUUAAAUGUUUUUUUUCUGUUACGUACAAAUCACGUAGAUGUUUAAUGUUCGAGAAAUGUCCACUUCUACCCUUUACGAGCUUUUCAAAAACGGCUUAAAUGUACAUUAGGCACAGAGUUAUUUGAAAAAAAAAAUAGAUGUACUAUAUAACUAUACACUUAUACGGACGAUGUCGACUUAGGGUCACCUACUAUAAUGAACUAUAUUAUUAUAUAUAUAUUUUGAAUGCGUUAAGAUUUUUACUAACAAUUAGGUAAGUGGCUAUGUGUUAGUUACGUGGUGGUGCGCACGCGCACACGCGCGGGGAGGAUCGCGACGACCAACGCUACUUCCCCGGUUAAUGUAAGCGUAGUUAAGUUUCAUUUCUGUCGGCGUGUCGUCUCGCUCGCACACGCGCACCUCCCAUCGCUGUAUCUCUUUCCGAUAUUGCAUAUCAGGCCAUACUAGUAUAGUCCGAACUUUCGAAAGCAAUCGAUAUGGAUAUAAUCAUCGGUGUUGGUUAGGCGGUUUGUUCGUUGAGUUUUUGCUUAAGUUUUUUGUGUAAUUAGUUGCACGUGCCGUCCGUAUUUUUAAAAUUGAAUACAUUUUUGAGAUUAUAAUGUAAUUAUUGUUUUGUGGAAAUUUGUAGCGUGCAGUGCGAGGUGGGAUAUGGAUGUUGGGAACAUAUCUGGAUGAAAGAGAGGGAAGAUUGUAUGUCUCACCUCGAUGAGAACGACCGAUAACAUUACCGAUUCGGAUUUUUUUAAUCUGUUUUCUUUUUAUCUGUUACAGUGCCAUUACGUUUCAAAUGCUUGUUCCGUUGGUUUUAUCAUUCGAUUACCGUCCAAUGCCCUAUACGAUAAUUUCGAUUUGACGAUUUUUGGUCGAGCACAAAAUGCAGGCGUUUUGACUUUUUGUAUUGUUUGUGGUAGCUAUUUUCAUUUUUGAUGGAAAUUAUUUUAUUUUGUAUUACUUCUGUAUUGUAACUGUAUACUUAGGGGACUUCUUUGAUGUAUGAAUUAUUAUAUUUUAGCUAAAAAUAAAGUUGGUUUAAAAUA